UCGAGUAAAGGAAAAGAGAUAUACUUUUGGAGCGCAUUCGGCAUUUUGUCGCCGAGGACACUGACUUCAGAUCUGCAACGAAAUACUCCAGCUGGCGCACUCUCAAUAUCAAUACAAGACUUAUCCUUAGGGACUUGAUAUACAGUUUCUCGGUUCUGUGGAGAAUUUGAGUGACUUUCAUUUGCUUAUCCUGACGACCGAGGUGAUUAAUUCUAAACGUCCGUGCCUAAACACGCGGCCUUAACCUGUCUUUCAGUAGAACGUACGGCGCAAGAAAGUUGCUGAAGGACCUACACAAAUUUCACCAAUAUGUCAAUUGACGGAAUACUUCUCAUGCUGUUUGUGUUGGCUUUAGAUGUUCUCUGUUCUGGGGCAAACAUUUGGAACUGGGCAUUGAGUCAACCAUUCGACCAGAGCGCUUAUCAAGCCCGGCGCAACCACCCAAGGAACAUCCAUCAGACGUUACGACAAAAUGUACCGGAAGGUGCAGCACCGAUAUUCAUGCAAUGUGUGAGCGACAGAACUUGUGGUCGGGGUAGAUUCUGCGACCGCCAUUACGGUACCUGUGACCUUCACCGCAGGGAAGGUCAACCUUGCAGGCGUGACGGACACUGCACCAAAAAUACUGACUGUAUGUACGGGAGAUGUGUCAAGACGAUACUAGUUGGACAAGCGGGUUCCCGUUGUAAACAAGACGGCGACUGCGGCCAGAACAUGUGUUGCGCCAGACGUCACGGCGAGAGUGUUUGCAAAGCAAGGUUGUCGCAAGGAGACAAGUGUUAUGUACCACGAGGGGGCCUCGACUAUAGCCUGAACGAAAUCUGUCCGUGUGAGGAGGGGUUGCUGUGCCGGAUGCCUGGCGUGGGCCCUCAGGAAAGACACACAGAGGACUCAGGUUAUGAAUGGACGGCCUACAGGCGGAUGCAGUGUGCACCACCCUGAGCAACAUUUUCUACCAGAACAUUUGUGAAAUGAAGUAAUGGUGCUCGAGGAUAUGGGAUUCAGUGGUCUUGUUCCAAGGACCCAAUUCAUGCCACAAAUUUAGAGCACGUUCUUAGGGGCACAGUCAGAUUCAUGAUAGAGGGAUGUGGUGUCCGGUGUUACGAGGGGAAAUAACUGAGU